CCUCCUGCUGGCUGGAGCUCUCAUUUGCUCUGUUGCUCUCCCCUUUCUCGCUCUACCCAGUUUCACACCAGUCACUGUUUGGUCGGGCCUUGAUAAUCUGUAACCUUAAGCAUAAAUCAUAUCCGUCUUAUACAAGCACAUAGUAGAGCUGGGCUCCGAAGAGCACUGGACAUCUGGAGUAUCUGACAUCCAAGCCUUUGGCAAGAUGUCAACAUUUCAUAGAGUACUUUAAGUGUUUUGGUCUGAGAGCUAAUGCAGCAUUUCCCAUUGGUCAACACGCGCAGCCCAAGGAGAGAGCAAAGUCUAUUUCCCUCAGCAUCAGAUGUUACACUCAGCUGCUGAUCCAAUCUUGCCGACAGAGAGGAAGAGAAGCUGGAAAACCCGGAUCAUUAGUGAAGAAACACUAUGGCCACUUCAAGAUGACAAGUCCACACUGGACUAAAUUGUUUCAUUGAAACAAAACCUUCUAUCAAAAAAAGAAAAAAAUUAAGGCCUCACCUCCAGAAGUUACACAAUGAUCAAUUCCACCACCACACAGCCUCCAGAGGAGUCCUGCUCCCGGAAUAUCCUCAUCACUCAGCAGAUCAUUCCUGUGCUGUACUUUGUGGUCUUCAUCGUGGGGACCCUGCUCAAUGGUGUAUCUGGAUGGAUAUUCUUCUACGUGGCCAGCUCCAAGAGUUUCAUCAUCUAUCUCAAGAACAUUGUCGUUGCUGACUUUCUGAUGAGCCUGACCUUCCCCUUCAAGAUUCUUGCUGAUUCGGGACUCGGGCCGUGGCAGAUCAAUGUGUUUGUGUGCAGGGUGUCUGCUGUGCUCUUCUAUGUCAACAUGUACGUCAGCAUCGUGUUCUUUGGGCUCAUCAGCUUCGACAGAUACUAUAAAAUUGUAAAGCCUCUUUUGACUUCUUUCAUCCAUUCAGUAAAUUACAGCAAACUCCUGUCAGUGGUGGUCUGGAUGCUCAUGCUCCUUCUGGCUGUCCCCAACAUUAUCCUGACCAACCAGAAUGCCACUAGUGGGAAGGUGAUGCAUAUAAAAUGUGUGAAACUUAAAAAUGAACUGGGACUUAAGUGGCACAAAGCAUCAAACUACAUCUUUGUGGGCAUCUUCUGGAUUGUGUUUUUUCUGUUGAUCAUUUUCUAUACUGCCAUCACGAGGAAAAUCUUCAAGUCCCACCUUAAGUCCAGAAGGAAUUCCAUUUCAGUCAAGAAGAAAUCUAGCCGCAAUAUAUUCAGUAUCAUGUUCGUGUUUUUUGUCUGUUUUGUACCUUACCACAUUGCCAGAAUCCCCUACACACAGAGCCAGACAGAAGCUCAUUACAGCUGCCAGUCAAAAGAAAUUUUGCUCUAUGUAAAAGAAUUCACUCUGCUACUAUCGGCUGCAAAUGUAUGCCUAGAUCCUAUUAUUUAUUUCUUUCUAUGCCAGCCAUUUAGAGAAAUAUUAUGUAAGAAACUGCACAUCCCAUUAAAAGCUCAGCAUGACUCAGAAACUUCCAGAACCAAAAGAGGAAAUACAACGCAUGAAAGCACAGACACUUUGUGAAUUCCCACCUCCUUUCAAAUAAAAUCCAUGUACACAUAUUGCAAUCUUCAGUUACAUAAGACUAAAUAAGAAACAUGUCCAUGCUGUGGGGCGCCUGGGUGGCCCAGUGGGUUAAAGCCUCUGCCGUCGGCUCAGGUCAUGAUCACAGGAUCCUGGGAUCAAGCCCCACAUCAGGCUCCCUGCUCAGCUCAGGGAGCCUGCUUCCCUUCCUUCCCCUCUCUCUGCCCACUUGUGAUCUCUCUCUGUCUAAAUAAAUAAAAUCUAUUAAAAAAAAAAAAAACCCAAUGUCCAUGCUAAUAAGUAUCAUCUCUAGGCAUUACAAUCCAAUUUAGUAUAAUAAUAAAAAGAAAAUACACGUUUCCCUGCUUUUUUAUAACAUCAGAGAAAAAAGUGAUACAUGCGUUACUCCACUUUAUUCCAUCAAAACAGAAGAUUUAAAUCACUAGCCUGGGUCAGUUAAUGUAGAAAUUAGAAUAGCAUAAAGAAAAUAGGAAGCUAUCAAGACAAUUCACUGGGGCAUCUUCCUUCUCUAAAUACAAGGAUUAAGUUAUGUGAUUCUUUUCAACAGGGUCACUAAAGAUCAACUUAAAAGCAAGCACAGUUUGAUAAAGAACUAGGGACAUGUUUGUAGUGAAAAAGUCAAGUGUUUUCUGAUUUGAAGACAAGCAGACCAAGAAAAUCACUUAAGAAAUCCCCUACUGAUUUAUCUAUCUCAUGGCAUUUCAAAGGAAAGUUGAUAUAAAUUCUCUUCUUUGCAGGAAAAAAAAAAAAGUAAUUUUUCUGGUAGCAUUCUGAGAAUAAAAUAAGAUACAUUUUAAAUGUGUUUUAUCUGAAGACUUAUUAAGCUACUACAUGAGCCUGGAACUCUAAUGUUAAAAUACUUCUAGGUGGACUCUAUUGAAGGAAGCUGGAUAUUGGUAAGUGUUGCCAGGAACUUCCCCUGUUCAAUGGUAUAGGGAAAAAAUACGUUGACUGGGACAAAGGCACACACAUACAUACAUAGUGUGUACAUACAUAUACCUAGGGGUAGGAGAAGCAGUUUUCUUAGAAAGCAACUGGAAAAUCUAAAAAGAAAAUCUAAGAUUUAUAAUUAUGAGUGAAAAAAUACACAUAAAAUGAAAAUUUAUAUGUCACAUUGUUUUUGAAAAAGCAUUUGAAUUUAAAGUGUGCAGAUAUGGGAUAUGGUUACGAGCUUGUAAGUUAUCAAAACUAAAUUAUUUUUCUGCUAUUAAUUGGCUAAAAGAUAUCCAGACCAUCUUCCAAAUGUUCUUCACAAACAUUUUUUAAGUCAAGUGCAUAUACUUUUUUCCCCUUGCUGUAAUAAUAAAGUGAGUAUUUU